CGGGCAGACGCUGCCCGUCGCCAUGCGGUUCCGGUUCGGGGUGGUGGUGCCGCCCGCCGUGGCCGGGGCCGGCCCGGAGCUGCUGGUCGUGGGGUCGCGGCCGGAGCUGGGGCACUGGGAGCCGCGCGGGGCCGUGCGCCUGAGGCCGGCGGGGACCGCAGCCGGCGCGGGGGCGCAGGCCCUGCAGGAACCGGGCCUGUGGCUCGGGGAGGUGGAGCUGGCGCCCGAAGAGGCGGCGCAGGACGGGGCGGAGCCCGGCCGCGUGGACACCUUCUGGUACAAGUUCCUGAAGCGGGAGCCGGGAGGAGAGCUCUCCUGGGAAGGCAAUGGACCUCACCAUGACCGCUGCUGUACUUAUAAUGAAAACAACUUGGUGGAUGGUGUUUAUUGCCUCCCCAUAGGACACUGGAUUGAGGCCACUGGGCACACCAAUGAGAUGAAGCACACCACAGACUUCUAUUUUAACAUUGCAGGCCACCAAGCCAUGCAUUAUUCAAGAAUUCUACCAAAUAUCUGGCUGGGUAGCUGCCCUCGCCAAGUGGAACAUGUGACCAUCAAACUGAAGCACGAACUGGGGAUUACAGCUGUCAUGAAUUUCCAGACUGAAUGGGACAUUGUCCAGAACUCCUCGGGGUGCAACCGCUACUCAGAACCCAUGAGUCCCGACAGCAUGAUGAAGCUGUAUAGGGAAGAAGGCUUGGUCUACAUCUGGAUGCCAACACCAGAUAUGAGCACAGAAGGCCGAGUGCAGAUGCUGCCCCAGGCUGUGUGUCUCCUUCAUGCCCUGCUGGAGAACGGACACACCGUGUAUGUGCACUGCAACGCUGGGGUGGGCCGCUCCACUGCCGCCGUCUGUGGCUGGCUGCAGUACGUGAUGGGCUGGAACUCCAGGAAGGUGCAGUACUUCCUCAUGGCCAGGAGGCCAGCCGUGUACAUUGAUGAAGAUGCCCUGGCUCGGGCGCAAGAUGAUUUCUUCCAGAAGUUUGGGAAAGUUCGAUCUUCCAUAUGCAGUCAGUAGCUAGCAAAUGUGCCCCCUCUUGCUUCCAGUUUUUAAGAAACCUAGGUUGAUGUUGGCCAAAUGACCUAGAAACAAUGAUUGAUCUGGAGCAGAAAGGAUAGCGGCCGAGGACUCUUCCUUAACCUGUUCCCAUUCAUCUAGAGCAUGACUGAUUAUUUUGACUGGGCUAUGUCCUUGAAAUAUUGUGCUUAAGAAAUGGUGUCUGGCACAUGAGAAAAAGCCCCAAACAAUUGGCUAUGCAGUGCUGGUCUGGAAUCAGAUAGGAAGAGAAUGAAUACAGUUCCUGUUGGCUGCAGGUACCAAAAGCCAUUUGCUCUGGUCUACAAAUGCUACAGAUUCAUGGCAGUAUUCUGCCUUUGUAGCCCCUUGACAUACA